UGCCGGGCCCCAAGUGGUGGCCUUUACCUCUUCCCCUCUUCUUGGUACCGACUCGUCUGUCUCUUUCGACCUCUUUCGACUUGAGGACGACCUUAGUGUCCCCGGGUCUUCUUUCGAAUGUUGCCCAGUUACAAGGCAGCGACUGUGAGUUUUAAGUUACAGAAACGCCUAUACGGAUGGCCAAGGACCCGACGACAUCUGAGCAAGGUUAACGCCUGAGUAACCAUAUUUUCACCCCAGCGCCCUUCGUUCUUGUCGAACACAGAGGGGAUCCUCUGCGUGUCUGACCAUGACAACACGGACAUGGACCUCCCUUGUCCGGAGAGACACCAAAGGGCCCUUGAGCACCGGUGCUAUCGCCGGCAUAGCUGUCGGAGCGGCCGUGCUGUUCUUGGCGAGUGCUGCUCUAUUUGUCGUGUACUAUCGACGACAACGACGCUAUGAUGCCGAAGAUAGCGAGUACUAUCAGUAUGCCGAUUCUGUUCAACGGGGCCAAAACAACAUGGGGAGGACAUUCGUGGCAGUUCCUCGCCGAGCUCCAACCUACACUUUGGACUAUAAGAUGGACAACCAGGGAGGUACCGGGCAGUCGACUCCCGCCCAGUUCUCAGCAGACCCCCGGGCCCAAAAUCCAGAGUCACCUCCACUGGACGAUAUGGCAAGCGCAAUGCCAACCCACCCAGCAUAUCUUCCCAAGGCGGUGGUUCGGGGGACAACACUCAAGCCCAUCACUCGUCGACUCUCCGAAGACAACAGCAACCCGGCAUACUAUCCUUCGACCACAGACAGCAACAGCAUGCCAAUGCAAGCCUAUCGCGGCUCUUCAUCCACUGCCACCGCCACCGUAACAGGAGGAAGGAGUGAGAACGAUUCAAGGGUGAUGGGAAGCAAGGAGAAACAGUUCUUCCCCUCUCCACCGGGAUCCGGGGGAACGGGCGCAACCACCUUCUCCGACGACGAGGACUGUUACGCAGGGGAUCCGGAGAAGGACGUCAAAGGCCGGCGGAGGGUCUCUCUCCCGCUCCGUCUUGCCCCAGUGGACCAAGAAGAGGACGACGAAGACCACCGAUACUACCAACAACAACAGCAACAACAAGAACAACAACAGCCCCAGCACUACCAGCAUCAGCAAGCCCAAGGUUAUCACCAACAGCAACAACCACAACAGCCACAACAAUCACCACCAGCCCUUCCCACCCCCGCCUCCGUCGUCUCCUCCUCCCGCACCACUCGAAGCGGCCUGGUACCUACCAUCUCCCUCCCCAAGGGCAAAAAGAAGAAAUUCCCCCCUCCCCAACUCAACCUCCACCAACAGCGCAACAACAACAACAACAACAACAACAACAACAACAACAACAACAACAACAACAACAACAGCACUCAUAACUCUCCCAACAACCCCAACCAAACUACCGGCAGCGGCAGUAACAUGAGCAGCGGUGGGAAGAACAGUGGCGGUCUAAUGGUAGACAUGGUAAUGUCCACCAACAACCACCGCCCGCUAAGCGGGAUGGAGGAUAUGUCCAUCAGUGGACCGUUGGCUUUUCCUCAUUAUUCUCAUAAGCAGUAUCAUCAGCAGCAGCAGCUGGAGCAACAAGGGGGCUAUUAUGUUGAUGAGUAUGGGAAUCCGGUUCUAGCGCCGGGGAGUGGAGGGAGUAGAGGUAGAGGGGGGAUUAGAGAUCGGUCGAGAAGUUUUGGUGGUGAUCACCAACAGGGAGAGGCGCAGCAGAGGCAGAGACAGGGACAUGGAGAAGGUGGAAGGCGGGAGAAGAGACAUAGUGGGAAUAAUGGGAGGCAUUAUGAGGAGGUGGAGAUUGGGAGGGAGAGUGAUAUUUGGUGAUUUCGUCGAUGUUUUGUCAUAAGUUGCAGACCUGGAAGUCUGUUUUCGAUUCGUUGUAUAUUUAAUUGAACAAUACCAUCAUGGGUUUGGGGUGUGGAAAUGGCGUAUCAUGGAAGGAGGGAAUCUCGUUUUUCAGGGACACGAAGAUAUCUUGGCUCCCGAGUAGGCGGGAUUCCUCUCGGGGACUUGGAGAUAGUUGACUGCGUGUGAAUGUGUCGGUUGCUAUGUUUAGGUUCAUAUCCAGUUAUGAACAUCAAUGUCACCAGAGAAGUGAGGAAAGCGAGGCGUGUAUGAUAUAUCAAAUCAUUACUAUUACUA